UUGCCCUAACUGCCGUAGUGUAUCGCUGCAAAGGUUUAAGCUGAGGUUUAUCAGAAAUGGUUCUCAACCUAUCGUGCUCAUGCCCUCAACACUCUCUCUCUAGAUGGUGGGGGAGACCAAAAUUAGCUUCAAAUUCUUUAGUCACAGCUCUGGGUGCUAAGCAUUCAGUGACGCUCACUAGGUUUUGCAUAAGAGCAGGACCCAAGAGGAUAUCUUUUGGCAAUGACUGCAGAAGAGCCUUGCAGGCUGGAGUUGAUAAGCUCGCUGAUGCUGUCGCUGUAACCUUAGGACCCAGAGGGCGCAAUGUUGUUCUUGAUGAGGCUGGAAUUCCGAAAGUUAUCAAUGAUGGUGUAACAAUUGCCCGUGCUAUCGAGCUUCAAGAUUCCAUUGAAAAUAUGGGAGCAUUGUUGAUUCAAGAGGUUGCUAGCAAGACAAAUGAUGCAGCAGGUGAUGGAACAACCACUGCCAUUAUUCUUGGAAGAGAGAUGAUCAGACUGGGACUUCUGGCUCUUGCUUUGGGGGCAAAUCCAGUUGCUUUGAAGAAAGGAAUUGAUAGGACUGUGCAUGAGCUGGUCAAAGUGUUGAGGAGUAAGUGUAGAUCUAUAAAAGGAAGGGAAGAUAUAAAAGCUGUGGCAUCGAUCUCUGCUGGAAAUGAUGACGUCAUUGGAAACAUGAUUGCUGAAGCUAUCGAUAAGAUUGGUGCUAAUGGAAUCAUCUCCAUUGAAUCGUCAUCCUCUUUCGAAACCUGUCUUCAAAUCGAAGAAGGAAUGAAGAUUGACAAAGGAUACAUUUCUCCUCAAUUUAUUACGAAUCAGGAAAAAUCUACUGUUGAGUUUGAGGAUGCUAGAGUUUUGGUGACUGAUCAGAAAAUUUCAAAUGUUAAGGAUAUCAUUCCACUUUUAGAAAAAACGAGUCAGUUGAGUGUCCCACUACUGAUAAUUGCUGAGGAUAUUUCACAUGGAGUAUUGGCAACAUUGAUCACAAACAAAGUGCGUGGUGUUCUUAAUGUUGCAGUCAUCAAGGCACCUGGAUUUGGGGAAGGAAAAAAGGCUCUUCUACAAGACAUUGCUCUUAUGACAGGUGCAGAUUUUCUUGCUGGUGACUUGGGCAUGGCACUUGCAGAUGCAACCUCAGAUCAACUUGGCAUUGCUCAAAAAAUUACUAUUACAAACAAUUCUACAACAAUUAUUGCCGAUCCAAUCAUGAAAGCGGAAAUCCAAGCAAGGGUUGCUCAAAUAAAGAAAGAUUUAGCUGAGACAGACAGUGCCUACUUGUCGAGAAAGCUCUCUGAGAGAAUUGCAAAGCUAAGCGGUGGAGUAGCUGUUAUUAAGGUAGGGGCUCACACCGAAUCCGAAUUAGAGGAAAAGAAGCUGAGAAUCGAGGAUGCAAAGAAUGCAACUUUUGCUGCCAUAGAUGAAGGCAUAGCCCCAGGUGGUGGGGCUGUGUAUGUUCACUUGUCCAAGCACAUUUCUGAUAUAAAAGAUGACAUAAAGGAUCCUGAAGAGAAACUCGGUGCUGACAUAGUCCAAAAGGCACUUCUUGUACCAGCAGCUUUGAUUGCUGAGAAUGCAGGCUCUGAAGGAUCAAUUGUGAUAGAGAGGAUUUUGGGUAGCGAUUGGGAGAUGGGUUACAAUGCAAUGACAUACAAAUAUGAAAAUCUUUUCAUUGAGGGUGUGAUAGACCCUUGUCGAGUUUCACGGUGCGGGCUUCAGAAUGCAGCUUCAAUUGCUGGAGUGGUUCUUUUGACUCAGGCUGCCCUUUUUGAGAAGAUAAAGAGUCCUAAACCGACUGUUCCUCAUAUCCCUGGGAUUUCUCCUUGAUGUUUGCUUAGCAGUUGGUCCUUCCAGUUUAUCAUGAGAAAUAAUUGCUGGUCAAUAUGAGAGGUAAAAAGGUGGGAACUUAAGUUGCUCUCUGUUACUGUGUUAAAAUCGGUUUUAUGAUGUGGACAGAUGCUGACAAAUAUGGACUGCCUCCUUUCUUGCACAUUGGUGAUCUCGUGUAAUAAUCUUCUUAAAGCAAUAUCCAGUUUUGGUUAUACUCGUGGUCAACUUGAGGUUUACCUCACACCAAGCUACUCCACUUUCUGUAUGAAUUCCCAUUUGUAUGCACCUUCAGUAACUUGAUGCGUAUACUAAUAUCUGGGCUGUAUACAACACAGAAAAGGAAGUAAAAAAUAUAACUUGGUGGUUAUCUGUUCUA